AUGCAGUUGAAACGCCUCGCCUCAGUUUUACUUACUCUAUUUAACUUCUCAAGAGCUUGUCUUCAUGAUCAUGUUCGUACGCCUCAACUACGCGACGUAGAGGAUGCUCUUAGCAAGCGAGAUGUACCGGCACUCGUGAAAACAGCAAUAACAAAUGUGCGAGUCUUCAAUGGCUAUACCAUAGGCAAGCCACAAACCGUCAUCAUCGACGACGGAUACAUUACCGACUGCGACGAGGGCAUCGAGAAAACCAUUGACGGUGGCAAUCGCAUUCUAAUUCCCGGGUUGAUAGACGCUCACACACACGUGGUGUCGGUCGAAGGCCUCGAAAACAUGACUUCAUACGGUGUUACGACGAUAUUCAACAUGGCCUGCUCAGACAUCGAACUCUGCAAAUCUCUCAGGUCAAACCCAGGCCUAACGUCGCUUUUUACCACUAUGCUGUCUGCCCUAACUCCGUCCGGUGGAAACUCCAAGCUCAACCCGGUAGCGCCCGAACAGCUACUUUAUCCUAACACAGACCCCAAGUCCCUCGUCGACUAUUCUUUCGGUAACGGCUCCGACUACUUCAAGGUCGUAGGUGCACCUGAUGGGCCGACCCAGAAUCAGUUUGACGGAAUAGUCAACUAUACGCACUCGUUAGGCCACUUUGCCGUCGCGCAUGCGCCCAGUGUCUCUGCCUUCACUCGGGCAGUAUCAUCACGGAUAGAUGUCGUGCAGCAUAUUCCCGAUGACGGUGUACUGUGUUCUUCCGUUGUCGGAUCUAUGAAGGAAUACAAUCUAGCUUCUACUCCGACAAUAGAGAUAUUCCGCCGCACGUACACUAUACAGCCAGAGAUACUGCAGUUUCUGCGUGGGAACAACUCAGCUAAUGCGACAUAUGAGAACGUACUGAGUAAUGUAAGACACCUACAUGAAGCUGGCGUUCCUAUACUGGCGGGGACAGAUGCGGUCGGCAGUACGCUACCCAUAAUCUACUUUCCCUUUGGAGACUCACUCCACCAGGAGCUGGUGAACUUAGUGGAUAUUGGCAUGACACCCGCAGAGGCUUUACGGGCUGCGACGAUUGUUCCUGCGACAGCGCAUAAAUUGAACGAUAGGGGUGCAAUUCGACCUGGUCUACGCGCGGAUUUAGUCCUACUAAACAGCGACCCUCUAGUGAAUAUCUCUAAUACUAGAGAUAUUGCUAAGGUUUGGGUGGGCGGUGUAGAGUAUUCUGAUGUUGCGAAGUCUAGUGAGGCCUGA